CGAGCUGUUCCCUGCUGACUCAGUGCGUCCCUGAGAGGCUUCCCAGAUCUGACUGCGCCGAGCACGUCCCUAAAAGGAGCGGCCAGUCCGUGGGGACCCGCUGGAGAGAGGGCUGGGCUGGGAGCCUGAGAGUCGGGUCCGCUACUUCCCGGGAGCCGAGCGAGGGAGGCGCCGCAGACUUCCCUGGAGGGCCAGAGAGGCAGCCGGGGGCCAGCUUCAUCCGCGGGGCCUCUGCGCCCCGGGACUGCGCGGGCAGGGAGGCGAGGGGCGUGGGUGGGCUCUCCCACCACCUCCUGCCUGCGGCCGGGAGGGGAGGCAGCAUGCUGCGGGUGUUCAUCCUCUACGCAGAAAACACCCGAACCGGUGACAGCGACGUCAGCGAUGCCUACUGCUCGGUGGUGUUCCAAGGGGUGAAAAAGCGAACCAAGGUCAUCAAAAACAAUGUGAAUCCUGUGUGGAAUGAGGGAUUUGAGUGGGAUUUGAAAGGCAUCCCCUUGGACCAUAGCUCUGAGCUGCACGUGGUGGUAAAAGACCAUGAGACAGUCGGAAGAAACAGGUUCCUGGGGGAAGCUCGAGUCCCACUCCGGGAUGUCCUCACCACCCCAAGUUUGGCUGCCAGCUUCAAUGCGCCGCUUCUGGACACCAAGAAACAGCCGACGGGUGCAUCUCUGGUGCUGCAGGCAUCCUACACCCCUCCUCCUGGUGCUGCGCCCCUGUUCCCUCCCCCUGCAGCGCUGGACACCUCUCCUUCCCUGACUGAGAUGGAUGCGGGGGCUGGUAUGGGACAGAGCCAUGAGGAGACAUGGUCCCUGCUGAGCGAAAGCACCGUGGACACCAGAUACUCAGGGAGGAAGUGGCCAGCCCCCGUGGACACAGGGGGAGAGGAGGACAUGGAAGACCAGGGUCUCACUGGAGAUGAGACAGAGCCAUCUCAGGACAAGAGUGCUCCCCCUGGGCCCGGGGGACCAGCAGCCCCGAAGAAGCCCCUCCACCCACCGCCGCACCAUCCGGGGGUCAAGAGGAAAAGAGGCUCGGCCAAAAAGCUAUUAUCAGACAAACCUCAGGACUUCCAGAUCAGGGUACAGGUGAUAGAGGGACGCCAGUUACCUGGGGUGAACAUCCGGCCAGUGGUCAAAGUCACAGCUUCUGGUCAGACCAAGAGGACAAGAAUCCGCAAAGGCAACAGUCCAGUCUUUGAUGAGACCCUUUUCUUCAAUGUCUUUGACUCUCCAGCAGAGCUGUUUGAUGAACCCAUCUUUAUCACAGUGGUCGAUUCCCGUUCACUCAGGACAGAUGCUCUUAUUGGGGAGUUUCGGAUGGACAUUGGCUCAGUUUACGCAGAACCCAGACACGCCUAUCUCAGGAAGUGGCUGCUACUUUCAGAUCCUGAUGACUUCUCUGCCGGAGCCAAAGGUUACUUAAAAGUCAGCCUUUUUGUGCUGGGUUCAGGAGAUGAAGCCCCUUUGGAAAGGAAAGAGCCCACGGAAGACAAGGAAGACAUCGAGGGAAAUCUCCUUCGUCCCACCGGCAUAGCUCUGCGUGGGGCCCAUUUUUGUCUGAAGAUCUUCCGGGGUGAAGAUCUGCCCCAGAUGGAUGAUGCCGUGAUGGACAACGUAAAGCAGAUAUUUGGGUUUGAAAGCAACAAGAAGAAUCUUGUCGACCCCUUUGUGGAAGUCAGCUUUGCAGGAAGGAUGCUCUGCAGUAAGAUUUUGGAGAAGACAGCCCAUCCUCAGUGGAACCAAAGUAUCACACUGCCAGCCAUGUUUCCCUCAAUGUGUGACAAGAUGAGGAUUCGAGUCAUGGAUUGGGAUCGCCUCACUCAUAACGACAUCGUGGGCACCACUUACCUGUGUAUGUCGAAAAUAUCUGCAUCUGGAGGAGAAAUAGAAGUUGAUGAUGGCCUGGGUUUCCUCCCCACCUUUGGACCCUGCUACGUGAACCUUUAUGGCAGUCCCAGAGAAUUCACUGGAUUUCCUGACCCCUAUGAGGAACUCAAUCUAGGCAAGGGUGAAGGCGUGUCCUAUCGUGGCCGGCUGCUGGUGUCCCUGGAGACGAAGCUGGUGGAACACACAGAGCAGCGGGUGGAUGACAUUCACGCGGAUGACAUCCUCCGGGUGGAGAAGUACCUCAGAAGGCGGAAAUACUCCCUGUUCGCCACCUUCUACUCGGCUACCAUGCUUCAGGAUGUCGACGAUGCCAUACAGUUUGAGGUCAGCAUUGGUAAUUACGGGAACAAGUUUGACAUGACCUGCCUCCCGCUGGCCUCCACCACCCAGUACAGCCGAGCAGUCUUCGACGGAUGUCACUACUACUAUUUGCCUUGGGGCAACGUGAAGCCUGUGGUUGUGCUGUCCUCAUACUGGGAGGACAUCAGCCACCGGACUGACACGCAGAACCAGCUGCUGAGUAUCGCGGACCGACUGGAAGCUGGCCUGAAUCAGGUCCAUGUAGCUCUCAAGGCUCAGUUCUCAGCCGAAGACCUCGAUGGCCUGGUAGCUCAGGUGAUCGACAACCUCAUCUCUGACUGCAGUCAGCCUUUGGUGGAUGUCAGGGAGAAGCCUUCAGCCACGCACCUGGACCACUACCUGUACCGACUUCGAACCAGCAACCUGACCCAGAUCAUGCACGCUGCCCUUGAGCUGAAGCAUGCCAGCGCCCACGAGGACCUGGCGGCGGCCCUGGAGCAGGCAGAAGACUGGCUUCUGCGGCUCCGAGCCCUGGCCGAGGAGCCCCAGAACAGCCUGCCCGACGUGGUGAUCUGGAUGCUUCAGGGGGACAAGCGCGUGGCUUACCACCGUGUGCCGGCCCACGAGAUCCUCUUCUCCCGGCGCGGGGCCAAGUGCUGUGGCAAGAACUGUGGGAGACUGCAGACGGUAUUUCUGAAAUACCCGAUGGAGGGAGUGAAGGGCUCCAAGAUGCCAGCCCAGAUCCGGGUCCAGCUCUGGUUUGGUCUUUCGGUGGAUGAGAAGGAGCUUAACAAGUUUGCUGAGGGGAAGCUCUCUGUCUUUGCUGAAACUUAUGAGAAUCAGACAAAGCUGGCCUUGAUGGGGACCUGGGGGACCGUGGGCCUCACCUACCCCAAGUUCUCUGAUGUCACUAGCAAGAUCAAACUGCCCAAAGACAGCUUCCGUCCAUCUGCUGGCUGGGACUGGGCUGGGGACUGGUUUGUGAGUCCCGAGAAAACGCUGCUUCACGAUGUAGAUGCUGGUCACCUGAGCUUUGUUGAGGAGGUGUUUGAGAACCAGACUCGACUGCCCGGAGGCCAGUGGAUUUACAUGAGUGACAAUUACACAGAUGUGAAUGGGGAGAAGGUGCUUCCCAAGGAUGAUAUCGUCUGCCCUGUGGGGUGGAAGUGGGAAGAUGAAGAAUGGUCCACAGAUCUCAACCGAGCUGUUGAUGAACUAGGCUGGGAAUAUGGCCUCACCAUCCCACCUGACCGCAAGCCGAAGCACUGGGUUCCAGCAGAGAAGAUGUAUCACACCAGCCGACGGCGCCGCUGGGUACGUCUUCGAAGAAGAGACAUCAACCAGAUGGAGGCACUGAUAAAGCACAGAAAGGCAGAGUCGGAGGGUGAGGGAUGGGAAUAUGCUUCUCUCUUUGGCUGGAAGUUCCACCUGGAGUAUCGAAAGACGGAUGCCUUCCGCCGUCGCCGAUGGCGCCGUCGCAUGGAGCCCCUGGAGAAGACCGGAGCUGCCGCCGUCUUUGCCCUGGAAGGAGCGCUGGGUGGUGUGGUAGAUGACAAGAGCGAAGAUUCCAAGUCAGUGUCUACCUUGAGUUUUGGCGUCAACAGGCCCACGAUUUCCUGCAUCUUUGAUUAUGGGAACCGCUAUCAUCUCCGCUGUUACAUGUACCAGGCACGAGAUCUGCCCGCCAUGGACAAGGACAGCUUUUCUGACCCAUACGCCAUUGUCUCCUUCCUCCACCAAAGCCAGAAGACGGUGGUGGUGAAGAACACGCUGAAUCCCACCUGGGACCAGACACUCAUCUUCUACGAGAUUGAGAUCUUUGGGGACCCCAAGACUGUCGCAGAGAACCCUCCCAGCAUUGUGGUGGAGUUGUACGAUCAUGACACCUACGGUGCUGAUGAGUACCUAGGGCGCUGCAUCUGCCGACCGAGUCUGCAUCAGGCACCAAGGCUGACGUGGUUCCCAAUUUCGAGGGGAGGCCGGCCUGCUGGGGAGCUGCUUGCAGCCUUUGAACUCAUCCAGAGGGAGAAGCCGGCGAUCCAUCACAUCCCUGGUUUUGAGACGAAUGAGAUUGCUGGUGUCGUGGAUGAGCUGUGCGCACCUGCCUUCUUCCUCCAGGGCCUCAUCCAAACGACUGGGGACACAGACCUGCCAUACCCUCCCCCCCAGAGAGAGGCGAACAUCUACGUGGUGCCCCAAGGCAUCAAGCCGAUUCUUCAGCGAACCGCCAUCGAGAUCCUGGCCUGGGGCCUCCGGAAUCUGAAGAGCUACCAGCUGUCCAACAUCACGUCCCCAAGCUUGGUGGUGGAGUGCGGGGAUCAGGUGGUUCAGUCCUGCGUGAUCAAGAACAUCAGGAAGAACCCCAACUUUGAUGUCAGCACCCUCUUCAUGGACGUGCGGCUGCCUCGUGAGGAGCUGUACUGCCCACCCAUCAUCAUCAAAGUCAUUGACAACCGCCAGUUUGGACGGCGGCCUGUGGUGGGCCAGUGCACGAUCCAUUCACUGGAGCAGUUUCUGUGUGACCCGUACUCGUCCGAGAACCCCCCUCCUGAGAUGGGCUCUGAUGACAUUAGCCUCCUGACCCCCCGGGAUGAAGUGCUGAUCGACAUUGAUGAUAAGGAGCCUCUCAUCCCUGUCCAGCUUGCAGACGGUAUGAUUGGCUCAGACCCCAUUAACUUGGCAUCUUCUUCAUCCCGUGUCCAUGAGGAGGAGUCCGUUGAUUGGUGGAGUAAAUUCUAUGCCUCAACUGGAGAGAACGAAAAAUGUAGAGCCUACCUGGAGAAGGGGUUUGAUACUCUGCAGGUGUAUGACACUGAACUGGAGAAUGUGGAAGGCUUUGAGGGUUUUUCUGACUUUUGUAAUACCUUCAAACUAUACCGGGGGAAGACCCAGGAGGAGAUGGAAGACCCAUCUGUAAUUGGGGAGUUCAAGGGACUGUUCAAAAUCUAUCCCCUUCCAGAUGACCCAGCUGUCCCCUUGCCCCCGAGGCAGUUUCACCAGCUGCCUGCCCAGGGGCCCCAGGAGUGUCUCGUCCGGGUUUAUAUCAUCCGAGCUUUUGGCCUGCAGCCCAAGGAUCCCAAUGGAAAGUGUGACCCUUACAUCAAGAUUUCUGUGGGGAAAAAAUCAGUGAAUGACCAGGACAAUUACAUCCCCUGCACUCUGGAACCUGUGUUUGGAAAGGUGUUUGAACUGACCUGCACCCUGCCACUGGAGAAGGACCUCAAGAUCAUGCUGUAUGAUUAUGACCUCCUCUCUAAGGAUGAGAAGAUUGGGGAGACGGUCAUCGACCUGGAGAACCGAUUCCUGUCCAAGUUUGGUGCACGAUGUGGUCUCCCCCAGACCUACUGCAUCUCGGGACCGAAUCAAUGGAGAGACCAGCUUCGCCCGACUCAGCUCCUGCAUCUGUUUUGCCAGCAGAACAAGGCCAAAGCCCCCGUGUACCACCAGGACCGGGUGGUGUUCCAGGACACAGAGGUCACCCUCGAAGACAUCGAGAACGGCAAGAUUGCGAAUCCUCACCUGGGUCCAGUGGAGGAGCGGCUGGCGCUGGCUGUCCUGAGGCAGCAGGGCCUUGUUCCUGAGCACGUGGAGAGCCGGUCCCUCUACAGCCCCCUGCAGCCAGACAUUGAGCAG